AUGGCGGACGGGGACAGCGGCAGCGAGCGCGGAGGCAGCGGCGGCGGCGGGGGCGCGGCGGGCGCCGGGGGGCCGGGCUCGGGCGGCGGUGGCGGCGGCGGCGGCGGCGGCCCGGGCGGCGGCCUGCAGCACGAAACGCAGGAGCUGGCCUCCAAGCGGGUGGACAUCCAGAACAAGCGCUUCUACCUGGACGUGAAGCAGAACGCCAAGGGCCGCUUCCUGAAGAUCGCCGAGGUGGGGGCGGGCGGCAACAAGAGCCGCCUGACCCUCUCCAUGUCGGUGGCCGUCGAGUUCCGCGACUACCUGGGCGACUUCAUCGAGCACUACGCGCAGCUGGGGCCCAGCCAGCCCCCCGAGCUGGCGCAGGCGGCCGACGAGCCCCGGCGGGCGCUGAAGAGCGAGUUCCUGGUGCGGGAGAACCGCAAGUACUACAUGGAUCUGAAGGAGAACCAGCGCGGGCGCUUCCUCCGCGUCCGUCAAACCGUCAACCGCGGCCCGGGGCUGGGCUCCACGCAGGGCCAGACCAUCGCCCUGCCGGCCCAGGGCCUGAUCGAGUUCCGCGACGCCCUGGCCAAGCUCAUCGACGACUACGGGGUGGAGGAGGAGCCGGCCGAGCUGCCCGAGGGCACCUCCUUGACUGUGGACAACAAGCGCUUCUUCUUCGACGUGGGCUCCAACAAGUACGGCGUCUUCAUGCGGGUCAGCGAGGUGAAGCCCACGUACCGCAACUCCAUCACCGUCCCCUACAAGGUCUGGGCCAAGUUCGGCCACACCUUCUGCAAGUACUCGGACGAGAUGAAGAAGAUCCAGGAGAAGCAGCGGGACAAGCGCGCCGCCGCCGCCGCCGCUCCCCCCGCGGGCGCCGGGGCCGAGCCGCCCCCCGAGGCCGAGGCCGCCGCCGCCGCCGGCCCGCCAGGCGCCCUGCUGCAGGCCGAGGAGCCCGAGGAGGACUGACCGCCCGCCCCCCGGGACGCGGACUGGCCCCGCCGCCGGCGGGAGGAGGGCGGGCGGGCGGCGGGGCGGGGGGCGGCGGCCGGGAGCCCCCCCCGUGGCCCCCCCACCCCGGCCGUGCCGCCCGCCCGGCGCCCCCGCCGCCCGGCAGCAGCGCCUCCGACCCGCCACCCAUCGCUGGAUGUUCCUCCACUUUACCCACCGUAUCAAACAGUAAGCAGCUGCUAAAACAAAACAAAACAAAAACAAAACAAAACACACACAAAAAAAAGUCAGAAAAAGUAAUAACAUUAUAUAUGAACUGUGUUUCCUACUUGAUUAAAAAUAUAAAGAACUGAGUGUUUAUUUCCCUAAUUAACCGAGAACUUUUGUACACGUUUAAGCUAUUAUUAUUAAAAGUGUUUGCAAAAAUGGUCAAGAUUAUAAUAUUGCUGAAUUAUAUAAAAAAAAAAAAAGUCCUUUUCAUGUUGAGCUAACAUUUGACUUUAGCACAAAAAAAAAAAAAAAAGAGAUAUUUUAGAACACGUAAAAUAAUAUUUUUAGUUUUUUCUUCUCAUUUUGUUACCAAAUUUCGAACCUUACAUGGAGGUUACUAUAGUAUAUUUGACACCCUAUAUACCUGUGAUUAGAGAUGUGUAUAUAUAUAUGAGGGCUAGGCAUGCUGUGUGUCUGAGCUUUGUCUAAAUGUUAUGCAGAAGUUUGUAGAGUUAAAAGGUACGUAGGUUUAAUUCAUGCAAGGUAAACAAUAAGUGCUCUCUUUUAUACAAUAUGCAUUGCAUCUGGACCUUAAACAUAUAAAAAUGGUCAGUGAAACUUCUGUGAACAUGAAGAAAAAUUAUUAAAAAAGGCAUUUAAAUGAAA